CUCGGCCACAGCCCACCAGCCGGCCCACAGUCCCGCAGGAAAAUGUACUGGCGCGCAGUGUGCUGUUGUCAUGGGAACCCGGCAGUGACGGUUUAUCUCCUGUCCGGUAUUACACGGUUCAGGUCAGAGAGCUGCCUGAGAAGAACUGGACCAUUCAUUCUGCGUCUGUUAGCCACGAGUCCAGCUCCUACAUUGUUGACAGACUGAAGCCUUUCACCUCCUAUCAGUUCAGAGUGAAGGCCACUAAUGAUAUUGGAGACAGUGACUACAGUGAAGAGAGUGAAGCCAUUACAACACUACAGGACGCUCCUGACAAAUCUCCCACAAUCCUGACUGUCACGCCACACACCACAACCUCUGUGCUGAUUUGCUGGCAGCCCCCUCCUGAGGAGAAGAUUAACGGGAUCCUCUUGGGUUUCCGAAUCCGAUAUCGGGAGUUGUUUUACGAUCGGCUCCGAAGUUUCAGCGCUCAUGCCAUCAGCAGCCCUUCAACCAGCUGGGCAGAACUCACAUCUCCAUACAGCAUACGGAACCUCAGCGAUCCCUCGCUCAGUCAGUAUGAGCUGGACAAUCUUACGAAACACAAGCGCUAUGAAAUCAGAAUGAGUGUCUAUAAUGCUGUUGGUGAGGGACCAACUAGCUCACCGCAGGAAGUCUUUGUUGGUGAAGCAGUUCCCACUGCCCCGCCUCAAAAUGUGAUCAUCCAAUCAGCUACUGCCACACAAUUUGAUGUAACGUGGGACCCGCCUCCGCUGGAGACUCAGAAUGGAGAUAUUCAGGGUUAUAAG